CUAAUGUUUGACAGCAAAGUCAGAUGCUAAGUUGUGAAAACAUCUGAAUGAAUGAAUCGGCUGAAAGAUGAAAAAAAAGACUCAAGUCGUUGUAAGGAAAUGACACUUCACUAAAACAGGGAAGUGAACGCCUCGUAAAGAAGCCUCAGCUCAUUUGUUCUCUCAGUCGAAGGGGUGAGAAGGAGACAGGAGCACGAUGGUCGAACUCAAAUGGACUAAAUGGAUUAAAAUGUCUUUGUUUGUGAUGCUGGGGCUUCAGUUCACAGCAGCUGUCACAGGACAAGAUUCUGUCUUUGUCAGAGUUGGAGAUGAAGCUGCUCUGCCUUGUAAAAAUGUCAGACAUGAUCAGGAUAAAUGUGACGCUACGACCUGGACCUUCAGUUCAACUUCUGCAUCAGUAGAGCUGGUUGUUCUGGGGAAGAUUGGUGAGAACGCCAAGAGUAAAUCAGCCAGACUGAGUCUGACAGAGAACUGUUCUCUGGUUCUAAAGAACGUCACACGUGAAGAUGCUGGUCGUUACGGCUGCAGACAGUUUGACAAGUCAAGACAACAACAAGGUUCAGACUCUGUGGUUGAUCUGUCUGUUGUUACCAUGACUGAACAUGAGGACGGUGAUAUGGUCGUCUUGUUCUGCUCAGUGUCGGCAUAUAAAAGCUGUGGAUACCCACAGUGGCUGUAUGAGGGUAUUAAGGAUGAUGCCAUCAACAUAGUGUCAACACCUGAUUCCUGCUCAGCCCGUGUGUCAUUUAACACUUUUCAUCUUCGUCACAAGUCAAAGUAUCAGGAAUCAUUCAAGUGUGAAGUGACAGAUGGAAACAGAAAGAAACGGCUGCUGUUUACCUUCAUCCCUCAGUCCUCAGGAAAGAAAACAGGUCGGUGGUGGCGGUACGUCAUUGUGGCUGUGGGUUUAGCGGCGCUCUUAAUAAUCGCCGUAGUGCUGAUCAGAUGGAAGAGAACUAAAGGAAACAAAAGACGGAGGGAUGACAAGACGGGACCGAGUUUAAACCCUGCAGUGAGUCAGUCUGCUCCAGAGACCGGUCAGGACACGGCUGAUCCUGAAGAAGGUGUUUCCUACGCCUCCAUCAGCUACACCAAGAGGACCGACGGUAGAGCCCAGGUUCAUCUUAAAGAUGAUGAUGAUGAUGAUGAUGCGGUGACCUACAGCACUGUGAAAACUCCCUCCUCUUCAGCUGGAGCCGCCGCUGAUCCCAGAGACGUCUACGCCACCGUCGACAAACCGAACAAAUCAGAGGUCACAGUGUAGUUCGCUGUUAUCAUUAUGUUGCUCCGAUGACAAAUAAGAAAACCACUAGAGUUCACUCAUUACUCUGUGUUACUGAUAUGUGCUGAUCAAACAGGAAAAUGCUUUAUCCUGUCCAAAUCCUGGAGAGCAUUUUAUAGUAACUUAUAUCUUUGUAUAUAAUCGUGACUCCGUUAUUUAUAGUUAUUGAUUCAACUCAUAUUUGAGGAUGUGUUGUUUCUGGUUGUUGUAGUUACCUCCACCAAGGAGGUUAUGUUUUCCAGCAGACUUUUUCUUUAGACACUUCUCAGGGAGUAAUGUUUGUGUCUCGAUGUAAAAAAGAAAAUCAGGCUUAUUUAUGGUGAGAUCUUUGCACAGUUUGGUGCAGAUCCAGAUAUUAAUGUGGAUCUCAGACGUGUAGCAUUGUUUGUCCUUGAUGCCGUUCUAUUACGAUCUUGUAGAUUUGUACAUUUCAUUUUCAUGAUUCAUUUCAUCGAGUUUUUCCAGGAGUAGUUGUUGUAAGCUGUAGGUGAUCUGAAUCUGGUUUCUGAGAUAAAUGAGUAUAAUAUAUGAAAUAUCUUCCUUCCUGUCAGAGACUUUACUGAGAUCAGUGACGGACGUUUACCUGAAUCACCAGGGAAGUUCUGAACCAUCUGAUGCUUCUUAAGUUUUAUGGUGAAUUUAUUGCGUCAUUGUUUGUGUGUUGUGCUGUUUUACAUAAAAAUAAAUAAAUAUAACUGAUUAGA